UAUAAACACAUACAAACCAAAAAACAAGGUAAAGUGUAUUUUGGGGGUGGAAUUCUGCUCUUGGGCCUUCUGGGGACAGUGCCAGCCCACAUCGCUCCUUCCAUCAUCUCCCACCCCCACAGCCUCCUCCCUACCCACUGUAGCAAAGGAGUCAACUAAUCAUUAAGGUCAUGUCCGGGGAGACUAACGCACCAGGCCCCUGGGAGGCGUGGGAGCACACUUGGCUCUUGCCGCCCUGGUCGCGCUCAGACCCAGAGCCCGCGUCCAAGAGCUCUCGCGCCAGGUCCAGCCUUCGGGCGGCGUGCUCUCCGCCCGACAGGAGGCGCUGUGGGCCGGCAGCUCUGCCCGCCGAGCCCUCCGGCGCCGGAGGCGGGGGCCGCCGCCGCUUCUGUCCGUGCCGAAAGUGUCGUCCCUCGGUCUGGGCGCCGCCAUGGCGGCGGCGGCAGCCGAGGUGCGUGUGUUCGUGGAGGUUCGCAGGCGGCUGCGGAGCGCGCUGCUGAUCCUGGGAGAGCCGAAAGCGGGAGGUAUGCCCAUGGAUAUCUCUGUGAUGCCGUCCUCACUGCAGGUGAAAACCCCUGAGGGCUGCACAGAGACCCGGCUUCCAGCAGAGGUCAGGCUUGCCCCUUCCACCUGCCGGGGGCUGCGGUAUGUGGCCGGGGAUGGGCUGCACCUCAGGCUGCAGGCUCAGGCAGGACUCUGCACAGAACUGAUUUCAGUGUUUAAUCGAAGUUUACAAUCCCAAGAAUGCUGCACAUUUUAUUGUCUGUCAGUCCUGUGGAGAAGUCAUAAUAAGAGACAGGAAUAAAUUCAUCUCGGAUUUGAAUUACAUCAGUUGCCAGACUUUGAAGCAAGGCUUUUGAUUUUCACUCCACCUGAGAGGUUUCCUGAGGUCUCUGGACAGGCCUCCCCAUUCUGCGUACACCAGCUGAGCUAGGUAUCAGCCCAGAAGCUCGUGAGGGCAUUGAAACUCUAGAAGGAAAUGAGCAGAAUGGACUUUCUGGAAACAUAGGACAUGUCAGAAUAUAUCCACUUGACAGACCAGCUGUAAUUAUAGUCUCUGGAAGUAACUAUUCCCCUGAAUAUAAUCUUUUCUGUGAAAGAGAACAAAGAGGUGAAAAAGUGUAAGGAUUGUUGGCAACACUGUACAAACUUUUGGAAUAAAAUUAUUGUACUUUUAUGGGUCUAAUGAUACUAUGUACACAAUGUUAAUAAAAUGCAAAGCCAAGUUCAUAGGAUUUGUAGCUCACCAGUUGGAUAAUGUCAGCUCAAUUUAUCUAAAUUCCAGCAGCCAUAUUUUGAGCUAUAGAUAUUUGAUAUCCUUAAAAUUCUUAAUGUCCAGUAGGUUAUUAUCCAAUCUAUAAAAAAUUAAUGUUAUUAUCACUAUUUUCAAUAAUUGAUUUUAAAGUUAAGGGGCAUUUCAUUUUCUUAUCUCUACCUUUAAGUUUUAAAUAAGCAUCAUUAAUAGCACUGAUUAAAAUUGCAUUUUACAUUAUUUUUCUCAAAAGCUUAUGCUUAACAUGCAUUAAAAAUAAUUAGCAAAUUUCAAUUUAUUAUAAACAUAUGUUGCUGUCUAUCAUAGAAUCCUAAGCUGAAAGAAAAUUCAAGAAAUCAUUUGACUCUUUUUUAUGAACUUUUUACCUAAAAACUACCUUGUAAAAAAUGUUUUCUAUUUUGAAAGCUCUCUUGGGAAGUAGAUUAUAUCAAAGUUUUAGCAUUUUCAGUAGUUACUUUCAGUAGAGCUGUGAUUAAAAUAAUCUUUUGUUCUUAAA